AUGGGUACUAAUAACAGGGUUUUUGGGUUUUGGGCGUUCUCAUCUAUAGCAGCGGUGGAGGGUUUAACAAAAAUUUCUGGCAAUAACCUCGUAUCACUGUCAGAACAACAACUUGUAGAUUGCACAAGUGGUUGUAAACCAGGAAGGAUUACUGAAGCUUUCGACUACAUCAUAAAACACAAUGGUAUAUCUCCAGAUUCAGAAUACCCUUACCAAGCAAAACCAGGGCAGUGCCAUAACGCCAGACCCGCCAUAAUGAUAAAACGGUACGAAAUGGUCCCAAGCAACAACGAGUCUGCGUUGCUCGAUGCUGUAUCAAGACAUCCCAUAUCGGUGGACAUUGAUGCGAAGAUGGAUAGUUUCAGGUAUUACAAAGAGGGAGUGCUCGAUUCGCGGGACUGUGGGACAGAAGUGAAUCAUGCAGUGGCGCUCGUUGGGUAUGGGGUAACGGAUGAUGGGAUCAAGUAUUGGUUGGCUAAAAAUUCUUGGGGUGAGAAUUGGGAUGAGAAAGGUUACAUUAGGCUCCGUAGAAUGGUGGAUAAUUGGCCUGAAGGAACGUGUGGUUUGGCUCAGUAUGCUUAUUAUCCGGUAGUUUGAUGAUUAAUAUUGAAGUGAUCAUACAUUAUUAUCCUGGUUAUGGAUUGUUGACAUGUGAUCUAAAUCUUCAUCGUAACUUUAAAUAUUGUAAU